AUGGGGUCGGCAGAGUCUAUUCCUCGAAUGCUGGCAAAUCCGAAACGGAACAAGAUUCGCGUCAUAGUGUCAAUCGAUCUAGAUGCCAUGUCUGGUUGGCUUGGGACAAAUUCUCACCCCGACAACAACUUGGCCGACUACUCCUCUGGCCUCUUUGCGGCCUGCGUGGGUGUCCCCUGA